UCUCUCCCAGCACUACCCCACGUCAGACGCGAAAAGCAACGGGCGGGGCGGCCACGCCUACGCCCAGCUUACGGCGGCGGUACCGCGUCAAAAGUGCCCUGGUCGCCGCGGCGAAAACGGCUGCUCCCUAGCGCGCUUGACGAAAAAAAAACAUACGUCACGGUUCCGCUCCCGCGCUGCGCACACAGAUCCGGCGGAAAUUUCGCUUUUUUUUAAGUUUUACCUGUUCGAUUUUUAAAAUUCACUUUUUUAUUUCUUCAACAGCUAUAACAUUCAAUCAUAUAAGUUGUUGACAGAGUUUAUUUUUCAAUUGUAACUGUAACAUGAAACGCUUAUGAACUCAAGUUUUAGUUAAAUAACUAAGUAGUGAUAGUUUUUUUUUAUAACAAUGGAAGUCGCCCAGACUCCCCUUCAGCUCACUCAGGAUCAUCAAGACGGCAGAAUCAGGGCUGACGACAGCACUUCGCCCCUAAGAUGGUCGCCCCCCACAUCAGCUGCUUUGGUGGCGGCAGCGUUAGCCCCGCCAGCUCUCAGACCUUGGCUGCCAGACACUCCUACGAAGAAAUCCAACCACUUGGGGCUGGUGUGUGUGGUGUGCGGCGAUACGAGCUCGGGCAAGCACUACGGCAUACUCGCGUGCAACGGAUGCAGUGGUUUCUUCAAACGAUCCGUCAGGAGAAAACUUAUCUACAGAUGUCAGGCUGGAACUGGAAGGUGUGUGGUUGACAAAGCCCACCGGAACCAAUGCCAAGCCUGCAGACUGAAAAAAUGCCUCGCCAUGGGAAUGAAUAAAGAUGUUCAUAUAUUCGCAGCGGUGCAGAACGAACGCCAACCACGAAAUACUGCGACCAUCAGGCCGGAAGCUCUGCGGGACAUGGAUCAAGAGCGGGCGUUGCGAGAGGCCGCUGUCGCAGUAGGAGUCUUCGGCCCCCCAGUAUCACUAGCGAUGGCAUUAUCACCCGCCCGGUACCCGCUGCUUUCGCCACAUUACGCCACACUACCGCCACAACCGCCACCGCCCGUGCAACCAGACUCUUCGCGGGACAAUGACGAGAAUACUACACACAACACUGACAGCGAUGAUGACAGUAUCGAUGUGACGAACGAAGAAGACUCUACAUCAUACUCGCCUCCUUCAGUCACCAGUUACACACAAAACUGUGUUCCUUACAGACCUUUGGGCGUGGAAAGCUCAGCGGAAACAGCGGCACGGUUGUUAUUCAUGGCAGUAAAGUGGGCCAAGAAUCUUCCCUCGUUCGCGAGUCUCGCAUUCAGGGAUCAGGUGAUUCUUCUGGAAGAAGCUUGGUCGGAACUGUUCCUUCUGAACGCUAUACAAUGGUGUCUUCCUCUAGACACUGCCUGUGCAGCACUAUUUGGAAGCGACCAGACUGACCAAGAGAACGGUGUGAACUCUGCAGUGUUGAGGCGAUUACGUGAAGUGCUCGCACGAUAUCGCGCCGUUCUGGUGGAUCCAGCGGAAUUUGCCUGUAUGAAAGCAAUAGUUCUAUUCAAAUCAGAAACGCGCGGCCUCAAAGACCCCCUCCAGAUCGAGAACCUCCAGGACCAGGCUCAAGUGAUGCUCAUGUCGCACGCGCGCGCCGCGCACGCCGCUGCGCCCGCGCGGUUCGGACGCCUGCUCUUAUUGUUACCGUUACUGCGCGUCGUACCACCACAGCAUCUUGAAGCGGAAUUCUUCGCUAAAACCAUUGGGAGGACGCCCAUGGAGAAGGUUCUGGCAGAUAUGUAUAAAAACUAAUUCUUCUAGCCGCACGGCCAUGAAGAAAGUUGUCGUAGUAUACAAGAACUGCCUCCACUGUUGAUAUGGUGCAAGUGAUUCGAACGCCUGCUGUUAUUGUUAUCGCUACUGCGCGUCGUGCCGCCACAACAUCUCGAGGCUGAGUUCUUCGCUAAAACUAUAGGGACGCCCGAAUUAGUAUAAAAACUAACUGAUCUACCCGUACAACUAUCUUUAAACGAAAUACUACGCCAAGACAAGAAGCCAAACUGUUACUACGUUUGGUACCGCCACAACAUCUUGAAGCGGAAUUCUUUCCUAAAAACAUUGGGACGACGCCCAUGGAGAAGGUACUGUCAGAUAUGUAUAAAAACUAAAUCUACCAGCCGCACGCCCAAGAAGAAAGUUGUAGAAGAUAUAUAAAAACAAGCUGCCUCCACGGGGCAGGGGAAAUUCUUCUGCUGCCUCGCCCGCGUUCUGGACGCCUGCUGUUGUUGUUGCUGAUCUGGAAUCAGAAUUCCUUGCCAAGACUAUCGGAUGUACGCCCAUGGAGAACAUACCGGUUGAUAUGAACAAGAACUAUUAGCUACCUCUAUUCAUAGAUACUUGAAUUGGUAUACUUAGCCGUGACUAUGAGCCGCACGUCGUCGCCCCGAGCGUUUCAGCCGCCUGCAACUGUUACUACCGCUACUGCGUUCGUACCACCACAGCACAUUGAAGCGGAAUUAUUCGCUAAAACCAUUGGGAGGAAGCCCAUGAAGAAAGUUCUUGCAGAUAUUUAUUAAAACUAGGUAUCUACCUACUACUGAUACUAGAGAUAGCAAUAUGGCCGCCUGCUGCUGUUACCGCUGCUGCGAUUCCUACCACCACAGCAUCUGGAGGCUGAGUUCUUUGCUAAAACUAUAGGACGGACGCUCAUAGAGAAGGUAAUGGGCGAUAUAUGUAUAUGUAUGUACAAAAACUAGCUAACUUCAUUCAUACAAACAUCUCGAGGAAGACUCGGCCACAUAGAUUUUAAAAUCGCCCCUAAGUGUAUGUAGCGGCAAAC